CUCGCCGCCCGCGCGCUGCGUGGGGGCGCCGGGCCGGGAGUUCAGCCGCGGCGGUGGGAGAGUGGCUCCGGGAGCGGUGCUGGGCUCCCCUCGCUGUUCCCUGCCUGCAGCGCGCGGCCUGCGGAGGCCCAGUGCCCGCGCUGCGCUCACCGGCUGUUAUCUGUAGCGCCCGUAGGGGACUGGAUUUGAUGUGAGCGGGGCCCGGAGCGGCCCGAGCUGUGGCAGAGCUCUGGCGUGCGGAGCUGCUUCUAGAAAAAUCCGGAGAGUCUUGCGGGCUGCCAGAGAAGUAGGGAGGUGCUCGGGGUGCACCCGAGACUGGUCCGUGACCUCAGACAGACCUCCUAAAUUAUUUAUUAAGGUUUGCCCGUUGGCUGUUGGGCUGAAAUACGAUGGGAGCUGGUUUGUUGUGUGUGGUUCAGUGUGGGUACAGGAAUGCUGUUCCAUAAGGGACUCUGAAGCUGAAGGAGAGCAUUAUGGACUAUGGGUGUCCAACCUUUUUGGCUUGCUUGGGCUGCACUGAGUGAAGAGGAAUUGUAUUGGGCCACGUAAAAGUCCACUCAAGAGUCUUUUAGGAUAGAAUACGAUACCUUUGGUGAACUGAAAGUCCCAAGUGACAAAUACUAUGGUGCUCAGACUGUAAGGUCUACGAUGAACUUCAAGAUCGGAGGUGUUUCGGAAAGGAUGCCAGUUCAAGUUAUAAGGGCCUUUGGCAUCUUGAAGAGAGCAGCAGCUGAAGUAAAUCAAGAUUAUGGUCUCGACCCAAAGAUUGCUAAUGCUAUCGUAAAGGCAGCAGAUGAGGUAGCUGCAGGAAAAUUAAAUGAUCACUUUCCACUGGUGGUGUGGCAGACUGGGUCUGGAACUCAAACCAAUAUGAAUGUCAAUGAAGUCAUCAGCAAUAGAGCUAUUGAGAUACUGGGAGGCAAACUGGGCAGCAAAAUUCCAGUACAUCCAAAUGAUCAUGUUAAUAAAAGCCAGAGUUCAAAUGACACUUUCCCAACAGCAAUGCAUAUCGCAGCUGCCCAGGAAGUUAAUGAGGUGUUGUUACCUGGACUGAAGAAGCUACAGAAUGCACUGGAAGCGAAAUCUAAGGAGUUUUCCCAGAUCAUAAAAAUAGGACGCACUCACACACAAGAUGCUGUUCCACUUACACUCGGACAGGAAUUUAGUGGCUAUGUGCAACAAAUUAAAUACGGCGUGGCUAGGAUUGAGUCAACCAUGCCAAGAGUGUAUCAGCUGGCAGCUGGUGGGACUGCAGUUGGUACAGGAUUAAACACAAGAAUUGGCUUUGCUGAGAAAGUUGCUGCUAAGGUGGCUGAACUGACGGGCUUGCCCUUUGUCACUGCUCCCAAUAAAUUUGAAGCUCUCGCAGCUCACGAUGCUCUAGUUGAACUCAGCGGAGCUAUGAACACGGUGGCCUGUAGUCUGAUGAAAAUAGCUAAUGAUAUUCGUUUCCUGGGAUCUGGACCACGCUCUGGAUUAGGAGAACUCAUCCUGCCUGAAAAUGAACCAGGAAGCAGUAUCAUGCCAGGAAAAGUGAAUCCUACUCAGUGUGAAGCGGUUACCAUGGUGGCUGCCCAGGUUAUGGGAAACCAUGUUGCUGUUACUGUAGGAGGUAGCAAUGGGCACUUUGAGCUGAAUGUUUUUAAGCCCAUGAUGAUUAAGAAUGUUUUAAACUCUGCAAGACUUCUUGGAGAUGUUUGUGUUUCUUUCACUGACAACUGUGUUGUUGGAAUCCAAGCCAAUACAGAUAGGAUCAACAAACUAAUGAGUGAAUCCCUGAUGUUGGUAACAGCACUUAAUCCACAUAUAGGAUAUGAUAAAGCAGCUAAGAUUGCCAAAACUGCACACAAAGAAGGGACAACGUUAAAAGAAGCUGCUAUAAAGUUGGGAUUCCUCACAUCAGAACAGUUUGACCAGUGGGUGAAGCCUAAAGAUAUGUUAGGUCCUCAGUAAUGUCUUAAAAUGAAACACCUGCAAAACAAACAAACAAACGUGUUCUUAACUUAAAAAUAAAAUAGAAUAAAACAAAACGUGUAUGAUAUAC